GGUAAAGCUGCUAUCUCCGCCUGUACUUCGAAUUCAUGGACGAUGCCGGACAUUUGUGCUCCGUAUGGAUGUUAGGGCUACUAGCACUAUGCAUUACACUUAGAAAAAGUACAUUUUCAUAAAAUCAAAACUUUUAUUUUUUCCUGGACUAAAUGCUAAAUACAUGUCUGACUGUUGGAACGAACCAAAAGAAAACCAAGAAAAUCGCGUUCAUGACGAUUAAUGGUGAUUUUAUUUCUGUUACACCAUUGCCUACAAUGACACUGAUGCGGGCUUCCCCUGUUUCAAGAUGGCGGCUCUAGUUGACGCAUUCGGUCCAAUGAACUGCCGUAGCCAAGGCGACAUCUAGUGUACAUAUCUAUGCAUUUAAUGUACACUCGCUCACUAACUGUUUCCCAUGAUGCAACGGGAGACGAACACGUAACUGGAACUAGUUCUUGUUGUCAGUUAUUUUCUACUUUUUAAAAAUAAACAAAUGAAAUGCAAUAUAUUUUAUUUAAAACAUAAUACACAUUUUAUGAAACAAUACAUAAACAACAGCAAAUUAAAAUGUUUUGUUCUAUUUAUUAUCAACUAAUACAAUAAACAUGACAAAUGUGACAAACAGUAAGAAAGACUAUACCAUUUCACAGUACAAUCAAUAAAGCCACACAGGUGUAAGGGUUUAUGACAAAUCUCGGCGACAGCUGGUAUUUACGUCAGUGUCCGAAAUCGCUGACUCAUUUUCAUUUGCUUCUUCCACAUAUAGUGGACUUAAUUGUCAUUGGCUAUAUAAGGAAUAGUGAAUGAGUGAACAAGGGAGCGGUUUCGGACACAGCACUGCAGUCAAAUCAUUUUUAAGGGUGAACUCAGAGAUUCAGUGCAAGUCUGACACCUAAUGGACAUUUGAAAUUGAAAAGAGAAACCAAAACUUAAAAGUGUUUUUCAGCUGUUGAAUAUGUCACUCUGUUUGUGCAAUCAGUAAAAUGGCAGAAGCGAAUCUUUCAGUGUCUCAGGAUCAGUUUAGCUGUUCAAUCUGUCUGGAUUUACUGAAGGAUCCAGUGACCAUUCCCUGUGGACACAGUUACUGUAUGAGCUGUAUUACAAACUACUGGAAUCGGGAUGAUCAGAGAGGAGUUUAUACGUGCCCUCAGUGCAGACAGACCUUAACUACAAGACCUGUUUUAAAUAAAAAUGUGGUGUUUGCUGAACUGCUGGAGAAACUGAAGACAAAACUUCAGACUGAUCAAUCUGCUCUCAGUUAUGCUGGACCUGAAGAUGUGGAGUGUGACGUCUGUACUGGGACAAAAUACAAAGCUGUCAAGUCCUGUCUGAUGUGUCUGAACUCUUACUGUCAAACUCACUUUGAACGUCAUGAAGAACUUCAAUCAGGAAAGCGACACAAAGUGAUUGAUGUCACUGGAAGACUUCAGGAGAUGAUCUGCUCUCAACAUGACAAACUGCUUGAGGUUUUCUGUCGCACUGAUCAGCUAUGUAUUUGUUUGCUGUGUUUGAUGGAUGAACAUAAAAAUCACGAUACUGUAUCAGCUGCAGCAGAGAGAACUGAGAAACAGAGACUAUUGGAGAACAACCAGACAAAACUCCAGCAGAGAAUCCGGGAGAAAGAAAAGAAGCUUCAAGAGCUAAAAGAGACUGUGGAGAUUUAUACACGCUCUGCACAGACAGCAGUAGAGGACAGUGAGAGGAUCUUUACCGAACUGAUCCGAUCCAUUAAGAGAAGACACUCUGAGGUGACACAGCAGAUCAGAGAUCAGGAAAAGACUGCAGUGAGUCGAGCUGAAGAAAUCUUAAAGAAACUAAAGCAGGAGAUUGAUGAUUUGAGGGGGAGAAAUGAUGAGAUGGAGAAACUUUCUCAAACACAUCACAUCAGUUUCCUUCAGAGGUUUCAGUCUCUCUCUUCAUCUCCUGGAUCUUCAGACAACAUCACUGUCAGUUCUUUUCUCUCUUUUGAUGAUGUGAGAAAAUCUGUCACUAAACUGAAAGAAAAGAUGGAGGAUUUCUGUAAAGAAGAGAUUGAAAAAAUAUCUGGCAAAGUUACAUACACUGAAAUGAUUCCCAAUGAACUCAAGACCAGAGCAGAGUUUAUACAAUAUUUCAGUCUCUUCUCUCUGGAUCCAAGCACAGCACAUAGACAUAUCUGUCUGUCUGAGAAGAACAGAGUUGCUACUGGCACUGGCACAUAUCAGCAGUAUCCUGAUCAUCCAGACAGAUUUGAUUUUUAUCGUCAGGUGUUGUGUAGAGAGAGUUUGUGUGGACGCUGUUACUGGGAGAUUGAGUUGAGUGGGAGUAAUGGUGUGGAUAUAUCAGUGUCAUAUAAGAGCAUCAACAGGAAGGGAGGAGGUCAUGAGUGUAGAUUUGGAUAUAAUGAUCAGUCCUGGAGUUUGUUCUGUUCUCCAUCUGAAUGUUUAUUCUGGCACAAUAAGAUAAAGACAAAUUUCCCAGUAGUCUCCAGUUCUUGUAGAAUAGGAGUUUAUGUGGAUCACAGUGCAGGAUCUCUGUCCUUCUACAGCGUCUCUGACACAAUGACCCUCAUCCACAGAGUCAACACCACAUUCACUAAACCUCUCUAUCCUGGGUUUAGGUUGGGUAAGAUCUCAACAUUGAAACUGUGUCAUCUAACAUUAUAAAUGAUACAUGCUUACUGGUAUAUACACAAGUCUCGUCUACAGUAAACCAACAUAAUUAAAACAAAAACUAAAUAGAAAUUCAUAUUUUGAAAAUUAUAUCAUUCUUUAAAAAUUGCUUUAAAAGUUUGCUGUCUGCAUUGGCUGACUUUAGUUUGUACAUUAAAGCAACACUAUGUAGUUUUUUUACAUUUAAAUAAUAUCUCUAAAAUUAUUUCAGUGAUAGAACAACUUUUAACUGGACAAAUUGUACUGUUGCUGCAACCUGAGCAGCCUCCUAGCUGCUACAAGCACACUCUGAAAGUGGUGGUGGAGGGUAGAGCACACAGCCCCGCCCCUCCCCCUGCAUGCAGAAGAGUGUCUGAUACCAGGCACUGUUGCGCUUUUCAACCACAUGGGGGAGCUGUAAGUCAUUUUUACAUGGAAACUACAUAGUGUUGCUUUAAAACACAUUAAGCAACAUUUUAGACA